AUGUACACCCAUGGAUACAGGAGUGAUCAGUGUGAAAAAAGCCCUGAGACUGGGUCUCCUACACAGAGCUGUGUCUACAACCUCCCCAAGAGGAACCUCAGCCUCUCUGAUGCUGGGACUUACUACUGUGCUGUGGCCACAUGUGGGGAGACACUGUUUGGGAACAGGACCAAGCUGGACAUUCAAUGUAAUUUCUUUCACUUAUUUUACCAAUUUACCAUUUCCAGAGUUUUAUAGCAUGCAUAAUUGGUAACCUGUAUUGUAAGAUAAAGUGUACUAUUACCUGAUAUUAUUCCAAUAAAACAUUUAUUGAAAAUGAACAGAUUGAAAUCAUCAAAUCCUUUGGUUUCAGAGUAUGAUUUUCCCAUGACUCUUACCGCUCUUGCACUGGUUGUGAUUGGGAUCAUUCUACUGUCAUGUGGGAUAUGCAAGGAAACGAACAGAGGACCUAGAGGUAUAGAAAGACUCGUCAUUUGCAUCUAACGUGCAUAUUAAUAGCUACUAAUCGACGUACUGUUAUGUUUCACAGUAAUGUUCGACGAUGUGUCCAUGUAAGAGGAAAAUAUACUGCUUCAAUAAGAUUGCUCGUAUACUGUACUUAAUGUCAUUUUUUUCCUUUCUGUUUUUAAUCUGAAGUGAUAGAUUACCAACCGCACCAGUCGAUCAGGUAAACUUGAACACAUAUUCUUCCCCAUUAUAAAUUAUUAGACUAUUAUUUUUAUUUUUAUUAUUAGAUACAUAGAUUAUUAUUUAUUUAUUUAUUUAUUAGUAGAUACAUUAUUAUAUUUUAACGAUCAGAGACCUGAUCUCUAAGUAAAAGGUUGCAUAAAAUGCCGAAAAAUUGGAAAAUAUCAUUUUAUCCUCACACUAUUGUGUUUAUCUUCUAUGAUCAAAUGUAAUGCAGCGAAGCUCACAAUACCUUUAAGGUAUACUAUAGUGUGACUAAAAGCCAAUGCUCCUGCCAAACGCAUGUGUUCUUCCGUUCAGUGAUCUACCUGGUGCAGUCAGAGGAGCGCCCCCUAUUGGUUAACAACCACCAACUCCAGCCAAUUGUUAUCCACACAAGGGGGGUGGAUAGAAUGCCCAAUAGAAUGAUUGAACCCAACUGUAAUGGGUGUCAUCACUGUGAAAACAGAUUUUUUUGUAUAUUUACUGUAAUCCAGAUCCUUUAUUUAAACGUUAUUACUUUAAAAUGGAAAAUAUACAGUAUGUUUCACAAACUUAAAAUGGUCAGUUCUGGGAACCUCUAUGAUGAUAAACUACAGUCUAUAACUAAUAUCUUAUCAUUCUCUUUCAAACCAAAUGAAAGAGUGGAAAAUCAGGGAUUGGUUGUAGGAAAAAAAACUGUCUGUGGUCAUUGUAUGCCUCUAUGGCUCUCACACCAUGUCCCGCCCCUAAUCAUAAAUCACUUUCUAAUAAAGAUGUAGUCCUUCCUUCAUGGACUGGCAGUGUAGAUCUAAACACAGAAUGGCACGCAUAUGUUUACCAGCUCUUGUCAUCUAUGGCUUGUGUAAGUUAUCUAAGUCAUUACGAGUUUAUGAUUCAUAGUUGAGACUAGGUUUAGGUAUAGUAAUGCAUGAGUGAACAGAAAGUUCUAUGUUUGGAAUUGUUUCUAAACCUUUGUCUUCUCUCUUUCAGAUCUGACCCCUGUUGUGUCGGUCUCUCCUCCUCCCUCAGUGGUGGUCCAUCCUGGAGAUAAUGUCACUUUGCAGUGCAUCAAUGUCACUGGAUCUCCAGGACACGUUGGCUGGUUCAAGCAAGUCAACUACUCAGAGCCCCUAGGCAUCGCGUCUAUGUACAGCUCUGAGUCAACUGUCCAGCAUCACAAUGGUUUUCAGUCCAGCCAUAUGGAAAUGUUUGUCAGCCAUAGAACAAUCUUCCUCAAAAUCACAGAGUUGGAUGUAGCUGAUUCUGGUCUUUACUUCUGUGGAACGUUCGAUAAAUACAUCAUCUUCACCAAUGUGACUGUCCUGAAGGUCCAAGGUAAUCUUUUCAACAACUUGUCUGCUAUGACUCCAAAUGCACUAACAUGUAUAUGAUGUAUCAGAGAUAUUAUUGAGAAAAUGUUGGAGAUAUAAUACUAUCGUACUACAGUGGGAAUAACAGUGGGAAUAUUUAUCUCUCCUAAUCUUCCAAAAGGUCAUAAAGAUUCUGAAAAGGACCUUAAAGAGCAUUGUGAAGAAGGUAUGUUUAUUCUGUUAUUUUAAGUGAGAAUCUUUCGUAAAUGAAUUUAUAUGAUGUACCAUGAAAGUACCACAGAAUAUAAAUAAAGUACAACAGCGUCUUAUAGCAACCUAGCCAUAGAAUACUUGUUAUUUCAGUUGCUGAUCCACAGAUGAGAAUCCUGGUCCUUCUCUCCAUCAUAAGAACUGGAGUUCUCCUCUGCUGUCUGACCAGCUUCAUCAUCAUCUACACCACCAGGAAAUAA